GCCCCUGUGUGACAGAAUAGACGAGACCGACAACAACAUAACUCGAGCGAGAGUAGUAAUUUUUAACGAGAUUGUGACCAAGAAAAUACGACAAAAGUAAUUCAAUAACCUUGUUUUAAAUAGACACCCAUCAAAUUUUACGGCUAUGGCUAAUUCCGGCAAGGGAACUUUUCAACCUGACUCUGAUGUUCAUAUUUCUUAUGAAGACCAACAAAAAAUCAAUAAAUUUGCUAGACUAAACGCAAAAGUAGAUGAUAUAAAAGAUGAAUUGAAGGUAAAACAAAAUGACAUGAAGAACUUGGAGGAAGCGGUUGAGGAACUAAGUCUUACCGACGAUUCGGAAACGAUACCCUGCUUGAUUGGAGAAGUGUUUAUUUGUCAAAGUCUAGACAAUACAUUGAAAUCUUUGGAAGAUGCUAAAGCUAAAAAGGAAGGUGAGAUAGGUGAACUAAAACAUAAGUGUGAUGAACUGAAAUCCCAAAUGAGUGAAUUGAAAUCACAUUUAUAUGGCAAAUUUGGGAGCCACAUCAAUUUAGAAAAUGAAGAAGAAUGAAACUACUCUUACAAGGAACAACAUAAUUUAUUGAGCAAAAAAAUUUACAUUUAUAGCAACUGGCUAUAAUGAUUGUGUAAUAACCUUAUGAACAAAGUAAAUAAGACAUCCUCUGAUAUAAUCAUG